AUGGGGUCCUCCGUGAGUGUUUACUUGGCUGGGGCAGCCCUAAGUUGCUGGUUGCUCCAUUCGAUUUACCAGCUACUCACAUCUCAUUUGAGCGAUAUUCCCGGUCCCUUCUGGGCCAGGUAUACUCGUCUCUGGUAUCUCUACAAAUCCAAUGCUGGCAAUUUCCAUCUUGAAAACAUCAAGCUGCACCACACAUACGGCAAAAUUGUCAGGGUUGCUCCCAACAUGUAUUCAAUCUCUAGCGUCGACAAGGUUGUAUACGGAGCCGGAAGUCACUUCGCCAAAAGCGCCUGGUACGACUCAUGGAAACACCCAGAUCCCAAGAACAUAACGCUCUUUUCAGAAACCAACAUCAAGCGACACAAUGAGUCUAGGCGUAGGGUGCAAGGCAUGUUCUCCAUGUCCACAAUGGUGUCAUAUGAAGCUCAAAUUCACGAGAUCAACAAAGUAUUUCUCCAAAAGCUCCAUCACUUCGCGGAAACUGGGGAAACUAUCCCGCUUGAUCAUUGGCUCCAGUGCUACGCGUUUGACGCCGUAGCAUCCAUAACCUUCUCGAAGACUUUCGGGUUCUUGAACGAGGGUGAAGACAUUGAAGGCAUGAUGGCUGCUCUGGACAAAGGCAACAAUUAUUCGUCAUGGGCGGGAGUCUACCCCGAGCUUCACCCGUAUUUGUACCCCAUUCUAGAGCGAAUCCCUGCUUCAGGAGCAGCCGGAAUGGGAAAGAUGAUUCGCUUUAUCAAGAGAAUGAUCGCUACUCGAAGGCAACAACGAGCCGAUGAGGGUACUGGCGGAGAGAAACCGAAAGUAGGGCAUACAGGGGAUCAAAGAGCACCAGAAGACUUCCUUGACAAGGUCUUGAAUGUCCAAGCCAAGGACCCAUCCAAGGUGACGGACGCGCACAUUUUCGCACUCGGUUGGAGCAAUAUCAGUGCCGGAAGCGAUACUACCGGAGUGAGCUUAACGGCUAUCUUAUAUCACUUGUCACGAAAUACCAGGGCGCUCGACAAGCUUCUUAAAGAGAUCCUUGCAGUCGAAGCCGAGGGGAAGUGCACUAGAGAUAGCUUCUCGUUCGCCCAGUCCCAGACCAUGCCUUACUUACAAGCCUGUAUCAAGGAGGCUCUUAGGGUCCAUGCCGCGGUUGGCCUGCCGCUAUGGCGUGUUGUCCCAGAGGGAGGCCGGCAGAUUUGUGGACGUCACUUUCCCCAAGGCUCUGUGGUCGGAGUCAACGCGUGGGUAGCGCAUUCUGAUGAGGCUGUCUUUGGCAGUGAUGCUCAUGAGUUUCGGCCCGAAAGAUGGCUAGAAGCGGACGAGGAUGAGCUGAGGGCACUAAACGCAGCGUGGAUCCCUUUUGGGGCAGGUUCCAGGACUUGCAUUGGGAGGCACAUCUCAAUGCUGGAAAUCAAUAAGCUGCUACCUCUCCUACUGAUGAACUUUGAGUUUGAGCUUAUUGAUAAGGAAUGGACAACGGAAACCUUCUUCUUUGUCAAGCCAAACCAAUUCAAGGCUCGGAUUAAGGCGAGGCGGGUUUGUCGUGAUACAUCUGACAAAUACACUUGA